AUGGACCAGUUCUGUCAUGCGAUGUUGAAAGACCAUAAUUUGACAACUAAACGGUCUCUCCACCAACUUGUACAAAAGAAACCAUUUUGCCCGGUUGCGGUAUUGCGUAACACAGUAAGAUGCAUGUUUAUUCAAACUCAAGACACACCAAAUCCAAAUAGUUUAAAGUUUAUUCCAGGGAAGGAAGUGCUGGAGUCAAGGACUAUGGAGUUUUCCUCACCAGCUGCAGCAUUUUGCUCACCUUUAGCAAGACAGUUAUUCCGAAUUGAAGGAGUUAAAAGUGUUUUCUUUGGGCCAGACUUCAUCACAGUCACGAAGGAGAGUGAAGACCUUGAUUGGAACUUGCUGAAACCAGAUAUUUAUGCAACUAUAAUGGAUUUCUUUGCCUCUGGUUUACCUGUAGUUACUGAAGAGGCCCCUAGGACAGAUACAGCUCCCUCAGAAGAAGAUGAUGAAGUUGUAUUAAUGAUUAAAGAACUGCUGGAUACGAGAAUAAGGCCGACAGUGCAAGAAGAUGGUGGUGAUGUUAUUUACAAAGGCUUUGAAGAUGGGAUAGUGCAGCUGAAGUUGCAGGGUUCGUGCACCAGCUGUCCCAGUUCCAUCAUAACGCUGAAGAACGGAAUACAGAACAUGCUGCAGUUCUACAUCCCAGAAGUGGAAGGCGUGGAACAGGUUGUUGACGACGACGAUGACGCGGAGAAAGAAGCAAAUUCUACUUGAGCUAGCAUCAUUUACGGCCAAAUAAGUAUUUACCUCUUUCUGUAUGUGAAUUAGCUAUGUGCUGAGAAACAACCAAAUUUGCCUUUCCCUUUGGAAAAAUUUUUGCACUUUUGCCUGUGAAAAUGUCUCCUCAGUUUAAGCAGUGUGUCCACUAAUAUAUUAAAUGCCCUGUACUCAGAAAAGAAUCCUUUUGCGCUGUUUGUAUCUACUUUGCAUUGUAUCUCAAGAAACAAAUGGCAGGCAUUUAAAAAUGCUGAUGUGUGUCUCCGUUGUUCUUUCAUACAACACAUUCAAGAAUAAAACAGGAGAGGAACAGAAGUAACUUUUCUUGACUGUUUUUUAUGCAAGAGAAGUAUUAAAAUUUCCCUGCCC